UAUUUCCCAAUACAAUCUAAGCUUACAAUUGAGUUUGGGAAGAAGUGAAUCUGCAGCUAUCAAUGGCUUCUCAAGGCAAGAAUGAUGAUCAUCAUGACCUUGAAUCAGGUGAAUAUAAAGCGGUUGAAGAAGGAAAAUAUUUGAGAUUGUACAGAGCUAUAGUGGAAGGAAAUUGGAAGGAAUCUCAAGAAUUAUUGUUCAGCAACCAACAUGAUAAUAAUAAUAAUAAUAAUAAUAAUAAUAAUAAUAAUAAUAAUAAUAUUGUUGAUCCUCUCAACAACAACUUAGACACUGCUUUGCAUGUUGCUGCUAAAGGGGACGGCCGCCAUGCUUCCUCCUUUUCCUUGGUAGUAGAAAAGCUUGUAGCAGAGUUGCCAGAUGAAGCUCUUCUUCUCAGAAACCGCAAGGGCUUAGCCCCACUUCACCUUGCUGCCCGUUAUGGAAACAUUGGGGUGGCUGAAGUUCUUAUUCGGAGGAAUUCCAGUCUCCUCUAUAACACCUCCGAAAAGGGUCUUCUCCCCCUUCAUUACGCAGCUCAAAACACUCUCGAGAGCGAGGAUGUGUAUCGCUAUUUCUUGGAUGUCACUAAGGAUGAUGAAGAUGGGCAAGCUAAUCCAUAUGAAGGCCCAAGUGGUGCCACUAUUCUUGUUAACUUAAUCAAGUCUAAAUUCUAUGUGGAGGCAACGAAGUUGGCUGAUAAAUAUCGUGAGUUGAGUCUUCAUCUGGCACUACACGAGGAAAUAUCUCCUUUGAAGGCCAUAGUCAAAUUCGAUUAUCCUAUCUUUCACAAAAUUAAUCUACAUUUUUGGCAAACUGCAAUACGACAUGCGUUGUUGGGGAAGAAAAGUGUAGAGAAACAAAUUUUGAAGCACAAAGAAGCAGUGAAGCUUGUGGAAUGCUUGUGCGAUAAACUAAAAAACUUAAAUGGCACACAAGUUGAGUUACUUGCAAAAGAAGCAAUAAUUGAAGCAGCGUACUUGGACAUUGAAGAGGUGGUCGAAAAAAUUGUGGAAGCAUAUCCUACGACGGCUUAUUACAAAGACGACAAAAGUCAGCAGAAUAUACUUCACAUUGCAGUAGAGAACCGCAGCACAAAUGUUUUUAGUUACCUUGUUCGUGGAAAUAGUGUGCUUAAGCAUGAUUUAGUAGAGGAAAGAGACAAGAAUGGAAACAACAUAGUACAUUUGGCUGGGAAAUUGGCACCUUCAAAUAAACUCAAUUCCAACCUCAGCAGCAUAGAUGUUUUUAACCUUGUUUCUGGUUCAGCUCUUCAUAUGCAGUGGGAGCUGCAAUGGUUUAAGGAAGUGCAAAAGAUUGCACCGCCAUAUUUCUCAUCACUGAGAAAUAAUGAUGAGAAAACACCAAAGAUGGUGUUCACGGAUGAGCAUAGAGACUUGAAAAAGGAAGGGGAGAGAUGGAUGAAGGAAACAGCAAGUGCAUGCUCCAUUGUAGCCGCGCUCAUUGUUACUGUGGUGUUCGCCGCCGCUAUUACAGUCCCCGGCGGCAACAGUGACGGUGUACUCACCCAGGGCUUUAACGCCACAAUAUUCCCACCGGCGGCUAAUAAUGUUUCAAUCAAUGGUACAAUUAAAGGUCCCAUUGAUGAAACCCCACCUGAGGGCCUCCCCAUCUUCUCCAGAAAGGAUGCUUUCAGAACCUUUUAUAUCUUCAAUAGUGUCUCCCUCUUUACGUCCGUUCCUUCCCUGCUAGUCUUCUUGUCCAUCCUAACUUCGCGCUAUGCAGAAGAAGAUUUCCUACGCUCUCUCCCCAUCAAAUUAAUCAUCGGCCUCGUCACCUUGCAAAGUUCUGUUUUCUUUAUGAUGGCCUCCUUUUCUACCACAGUUUAUCUGGUGUUUUGUAAGACUGCUAUGUCGAUUCGUAUUGUUUUGAUGGCAAUUACAGGUGUGACGGUUGGUUCAGUUGUGCUUCUUCAAUUCCGACUCCUCCUAGCUUUCCUAUGGUCCACCUACCGACGGGCCAUUUUAAAGAAACUAAGAGCAUCUACCUAGCUUUUUGCUGUAUUAUAUAUAUAUUGUUGUUUGUAUUGGUUUUUGUCUUUUUUUUUUCUCAGUUGAAACAUAGUUUGCUUGUAAUAAUAAAUAAGUUUGAUUUACGUACGGAAAAAUUAUGGUGGUCUUUGGUUGUUUGUUUGUCUGUUUUAUAUUGUUACUUUGUUAUUGGAAUCAAAUAUUUAAGUAAUUA